UUGAAAAAAUUUUGCAAAACCAGAUGGGUAGAGCAACACGAGUCUGUCGCAACUUAUCUGCACUUACAACCAGCAGUAAUUCGCGCUCUUGAUGUGAUUUCGACCACCUGGAAGGAUCCGACGACUUCAUCUGGAGCUUUCCAACUUCUUUCAGCAAUAAAAACUGCAAAUUUCCAGAUCUCCAUGCAUAUUUUGAGCUCAGUACAUUCUUUGACUUUGUCUCUCAGUCGAGUACUUCAGUCCGAAAACCAGGAUCUUGGCGAGGCUAUCGAACUGGCUGAUGCUGCGAAACAAGUCCUGCUUGAAAGAAGAGAAAACGCCGAAAAGGACUUCAGAGGAAUUUUCAAAACCGUGAGCGAAAUCAGCGCAAAAUACGACAUCGAACUGCGGAAACCAAGGCUCGCGUCAAAACAGACUCAACGCUCCAACGUACAAACUGAUUCAGUUCAAGAUUAUUUUCGCAUAACGAUUUACAUCCCAUACAUUGAUUUGUUUCUGACCCAUAUACAAGAUCGAUUUUUGAAUCACCGCAAAAUUUUAUCAAACUUUGCUUGCCUCUUCCCCAACAAAAUGAAGAAUUUCAAUGAAGAAUCCUGCGCUCAACUGUUUGAACCAUACUCUUCAAUUUUGCGGGAUGAUUCCCGUGACAUCUGGGUAGACGAAGUCAAACUUUGGCGUCAACGCAUCGCCGGAAAGAACGUUAAAAAUUCGCUUGAAGCACUCGAUGUGUGCAAUGGAGAUGCGUUUCCAAAUGUACAUCAAAUGCUUCGCAUUUUGGCAGUUCUGCCUGUAACGACAGCAACGAAUGAACGCUCCUUUUCAACAUUGCGUCGCCUCAAAACUUACCUCAGGUCAACAAUGUCUGAAGAUCGGCUGAACGGAUUAGCUUCGCUCAAUAUACAUCGCGAUGUCGAGGUCGAUCCGCAAAGAGUUUUGGAGAAGUUUUUUUUUCUACACCUCGCAGAGUUAAUUUAUUAUAUAAUAACUGAAUAUCAAGUCAAGGCCAAGACACAAUAAAAUGUCUUC